CAAAACGAACGCACCCAGCUAGCCCACAUUGCACUGCUGCACCGCAGUAAAGUCACACAAAUUAAUUAGCUUGACUAAAGGGUGCACUGCUAAGCUAUUAGCAUUUGAUUUAUGUGUAUAGGAAGUUGAAUUAGCAACAUUGUGAAGAAUGUCUGGAAGCGCAGGAGAAUGGUGUCUAAUGGAAAGUGACCCCGGAGUGUUCACAGAGCUCAUAAAAGGUUUUGGCUGCAAAGGAGCCCAGGUUGAAGAGAUUUGGAGCAUGGAGCCGGAGAACUUUGAAAACUUGAAACCCGUUCACGGAUUGAUUUUCUUGUUCAAAUGGCAACCCGGUGAAGAGCCUGCAGGAUCCAUUGUCCAGGAUUCACGACUUGACCAUAUCUUUUUUGCCAAACAGGUUAUCAACAAUGCUUGUGCCACCCAGGCGAUCGUCAGUGUUCUGCUCAACUGCUCGCAUUCUGACAUGCUGCUCGGAGACACACUGACAGAGUUCAGAGAAUUUUCACAGAGUUUUGACGCAGCUAUGAAGGGUUUGGCUCUCAGCAACUCUGAAGUGAUCCGACAAGUUCACAACAGCUUUGCCAGACAGCAAAUGUUUGAGUUUGAUGCAAAGUCUUCAGCAAAAGAUGAGGAUGCCUUCCACUUUGUGAGCUAUGUUCCUGUAAAUGGCAGGCUGUAUGAGCUGGAUGGACUUCGGGAGGGACCCAUUGACUUGGGUGCAUGCAGCCAGGAAGACUGGAUCAGCGCGGUCCGUCCAGUAAUUGAAAAGAGAAUACAAAAGUACAGUGAAGGAGAGAUCCGGUUCAACCUGAUGGCCAUCGUGUCAGACAGAAAGAUGAUAUAUGAGAGGAAAAUCGCAGAGCUCCAGACUCAGCUUACUGAGGAUGAGCCAAUGGACACAGAUCAGAACAGCACAUUUCUCAGCUCCAUCCAGUCAGAGAUUGCCAAGUACCAGCUCCUCAUUGAAGAGGAAAAUCAGAAACUUAAAAGAUAUAAGAUUGAAAAUAUUCGACGAAAGCACAACUACCUUCCUUUCAUCAUGGAGCUACUGAAGACGCUGGCAGAGUACCAACAGUUAAUACCUUUGGUGGAAAAGGCAAAGGAGAAGCAAAGCGCCAAAAAAGCCCAGGAAGCCAAGUGAACAACACACACCUAACAGAGAAGCCUGAUUGUACACAAACAUGCAUCCAGAGCCCCACAGGCUCUCUUUCACCUGAGAGCUGCAGAUACCUGUACAUCACUCGUUAUAUUCAUAUGAAUGACCACGGACGGCCUGCAAUGCUUUCACACUGUGGCUUCCUCCGAACCAUCAAGACAUGAAGAACUGCUCAGCAGCUGAAGCACAGUGACUAAAAUGUCGUCUCCAUGUUUGUUCAUGAGUUGCAAUGCAUGAAUGAAGGAAAGAUGUGCUCAAAUUGUUCUCUUAUUUUCAUAAUAAAAAGUCUAGAUGUUUGUGAA